AACUUGUAUGAUUGGCCUCCUCAGCUCCCCCAGCGGACAUCCAGACUCUCUGAAUUGUUCAGUGCUAACCAUAAGUUAAUUCAGUGGCACUAGCACUGUUAUGGUAGUGGCCUCUCCUGGACCACUCACUGAAGUUACCAUGUCAUUCAGAGCGCUCUUCUAUGCAUACGUCUUGGGUGGCCUGACAUUUAUCCCCUUGGUCAUCCUUAUCCUUGUUGCCAUCGCCAUAUACACCUCUGUCCCCGUUCAAAUCGACUCAGCCAAAGAUGCCAAGCCUAAGCUCCACACCGAGUCGACUGAACCACAAGCAGAAACCGAAGAGCCUGCAUCACCGCUGGAAGUCAACGACCAGCCCAAGGCGCGCAAAGGCUGGCUUACCAUGCGCAGAACAUUUGAGGAAUCCACGUUCGACGGCUCAUACGUCACACUCGUCCGCUCCUACCUUGAUGCGCGCUCCAAGGACCCCAAGCGCUCACGGCCAAAGGACAUGUGGUAUGUGGUCCUCAAGGGCAAGGUGCUGUACCUAUAUGAAGACGAGAACAUGACGGAGUGCGAAGCUGCUGUGGAGUUGGGUGGACACGAGGUGUCCAUUUCACCGGAAGGACUUCUGGAUGGAGAGCUGUACACGCGACGGAAUGCCAUAUGUCUGCGCCCAAGGCAAAUUUCCGAGGAAAAGGCAAUGCCGAGCGUGACAAAGGAGAUGACACUUGAAGAGAUUAACGUCGACGAGAAGAUGGAGGAGGCAGGUGGAAGCCUGAAGAAACGGACGGAUGAACGCGAACGACUUGUCGAAGAAGAGAAACAUCGGGACUUUGCGCGACAAGAGGCCUUUAGCACCUCGACACCGUGGUUCAUCUUCGUGCGCUCCUGCGUCGAGAUGGAGGACUGGUACCUUGCACUCGUGCAUGCAUCUGAAAACCCGACUGGCACACCCACUCUCGACCCACUCCAGAGCGUCUUCCUCCCUUCAGAAAUGAACCAGCUCGUCGUGACUCUUGAUGAGCAACCCGAUGUCAUCCCCAUGCGUUGGUUAAAUGCGCUCCUCGGGCGCAUAUUCUUUAGUUUCUAUCGCACGCAGAGUUUAGAAUCGUAUAUCAUCGGUCGUCUCAUGAAGAAGCUUUCCAAAGUCAAGCGCCCUACUUUCCUGACCGACAUUUCUGUCACCAAGUUCUCAAUUGGGAACAAGGCCCCGACGCUUAGCAAGCCGAUGCUGAAGGAGCUCACGAAAGAGGGCGACGCGUCACUCGAGGUGCGCCUUUCAUAUAAAGGCGAGAUUCGUGCGACCGUCGAAGCUACUGCCACUAUCAACCUCGGUGCUCGGUUUAAGUCGUACGCCGUUAAGCUGGUGCUGGCGGUUAUUCUGCGGGAGAUAGAUGGAAACCUCCUCAUCAAGGUCAAGCGACCGCCUAGUAGUCGGAUAUGGUACGCGUUCACGCAGACCCCACGCGUGGUCAUCGAUGUCGAGCCCAUCGUGAGCGAUCGUCAGAUCACGUGGGGCAUGAUACUUGACACCAUCAAGUCAAGAAUCAUUGAGGUGAUACAAGAGUCUGUCGUGAUGCCCAACAUGGAUGAUAUUAGCUUCUUUGACAGCUCGCAAUAUGAACACCGUGGCGGACUUUGGUCAGACGCUGCCCGGCGCAAGGAAUCAGAGCCUGCCUCGACUUCAUCAGAAGCUGAAGGCGUAAAGCCUGCGGCAUCUGAGUCAGACCUCCCAUCCAUUUCCGCUACUUCUGAGGAGGUCACAGCACCGACCAUACAGCAGUCACUGUCUACCGAAGGUCUGGGAGUUGAAGUAUCAUCGUCUAGAACUGUGCCCAUCAUCCUCUCCGCAACCGCUGAAGCCCCAGAAAGCAAUACGAAAGCCUCUAGGCGGCGGUCCUGGUUUUCAUCUGGUGGAGAUGACUCUGAUGUGGGUGAGGAGGAAGUCGAUGAGUCUGGCGUUCGUGGACGGCAGAGCCGGGCCUCAAGCUCUUCGACGCCAAAACAAGAGCUUCCUGCAAACUCACCAGACAAGCCCGCGGUCGAGAUGGAGUUGGAUGAAGAAACACCUGGAUACCUGUCGCCGCAGUACCAUGGUCGGUCUUCAUCAACACACUCCCAAGCACGUUCUCGGUCCUCUCGAGCCGAUUCUAUUUCAUCAUCAGUCUCGAUCGGUGGUGAAGAGUUCUCAAGUAGUCUCUCCGACUCUGGCACAACCUCCAAGAGUCCCCAGCACUCCGUCGGUUCGAGUACAACAAGCUCCUUCCUUUCUACGCUCAAGUCGAAGGCCGCGGACAAGCAAGCCCUGAGCAACUCUGCCAAGGAGACAAUGCGCAAAUGGGGGGUCAAUUGGGGUAGUCUUAAGAAAGACAAUAGUGCCAACUCCCAGGAAGACGUGCCUGACGUCGGACCUUCGGAUGCUCGUAUCCGGACAGAGAGUCCACAUGGCCGCCCCAGUUACGCAGAAGUGCGUGCUGCUGUUGCCGAACGAAGGGAGCGUAGGGAUGACGGUGGGUCUGCUCCUAUUCCCAUUCCUAAUGGGAACGGAAAGAGAUCCAAAAGCCCAUCAAGCAGUCGUAUAACAUCAUCUACUGGUGCACCUGCAUCGCCCUCGCAUAUGAUGCAAGGUGGUUCAUCAGAAGGGAGCUCUAAAUUCGUUGCACCUUCUAUGUCAAGGUCUACGACGGAAAAUGCAAUGAGUGAUCCACUCAAAGACCGCGACUUCACGGAUGUCACAGAAGAGGCGCGCAGGCCAUCUAUCAUCCAUACCCAACCUUCGCAAGCGCGGACGAUGACUAUUCCAGGGAUCCAUGCGAGCCAUCGUGGGGAACCUAUGUCAAUGGGGAACAUUGCGCCAUCGUCAUCACCCCCGGAGAGCAAGUCGAAGGGGCCUGCUAUUCAAAGCAUGUACCGCUUGUGGAAAAGUCCGAUAUUGACAGGUCAACAGCAAGGCUCGGACAACCAGUCGACCCCUACGCGUACAGACACAGAAGAACGUAAUGCUGAUGUUGCCCCUCUCAGUCUUUCUGCCGAUAUCGCUUCACCACCUCCACGACCCGUUCCUCCCCCCCUUCCUCCGCGGACGAUAUCAUCUGCCGUCGCGGCGGCACGCACGCCUGAUUCUUCCAAGGAUUAUGCUGUUCCCUCGAUAUCAGAAGAGAUGGGAGGAGGUUCGCCGGUGCAGGGAUCAUCAGUACAAUCUGCAGAGCCAGUUGAAACGUCACCACCUGUUGGCACGCCUGAAUCAGUGAUAGCCAAAGGAGGAGAUAACAGGCCACCAUUACCCCCACGCAAGGUGCCAGCUCCAGCAUGAUAGAUCGUCGUUUGAAACUUUUUUUUCAUGUACAUCACUGAUCUGCAUUGCAUUGUCCGUAUCUCUCGCUCCGUACUAUGUUUUCAUAUUCACUAUAAUCAACACACGUAUCUGCAUACUAGCUAGUACUAUCGCUCUGGAUGAUGGCACUCCGCAAAAACUUGCACCCUAUGACACAAUCAUGUGUCACCUUCAAGUCAUCUUAGUAGUUUUCUUCAGGUACAAUUCACUGCCUUUGAGUCGAGAUCGUGAAAAUUGUUGACUAGUUGAAAAUUUAUCUUAGACAAUUUGACGUGGCAGUUGCGCGCCAGCAAAUUGUUCAGGCCGUCCAGCUGUCCAGGUCCAGGUCCAAUUUGACUUGGGCCAGUGCUUGCUAUAAUUACACUUACUUUUGUCCUACUAGGUCAACUCUACAGUACUUAUUAUGUAUUAGCGC